AAGCCUUUUAGUUGGAAGUUUCUCCUCCACUCAUGCUAGCUAGCUAGCUUAAAUAUCUCUUACUUCCUUAGUUUGUUCUAGCUUUCGAUCUAGUAUGUUCUUUGUCAUCUUCGUUGAGAAAAUAUGCCAUGAAGUUUCUUAAUUAGCACCAGUGCAACAGAGCAAAGAGAUUUAAGCUUGCAUGGACUAAAUUAGCUAUUAUAAAUACAAGAAAUGAAUCUAUAGCUCCAUUGAUUUGUUUAUUUUUGCAUCCUUGCUUGCUCUAACUUCACCUCGUUUGCAUGCAUAUGAAGGAAAGAAAUAGUGUGGUAAUGGCGCUGUCAGUAGUUCGUCCGAGCCAGGAAGAGCCCACCCUACCGCCGGCGGGGAAGCAAUUCAGCAACCAGCUCGCUGCCGCUGUGAGGAGCACCAACUGGAGCUACGCCAUAUUCUGGUCCAUUUCAACCAGCCGUCCAGGGGUUCUGACGUGGAAGGACGGGUUCUACAACGGCGAGAUAAAGACGAGGAAGGUCACCAGCUCAGCGGAUCUCAGCGCCGACCAGCUCGUCCUGCAGAGGAGCGAGCAGCUGCGGGAGCUCUACGAGUCCCUCCUCUCCGGCCAGUGCGACCACCGGGCGAGGCGCCCCGCCGCCGCGCUGUCGCCGGAGGACCUCGGGGACGCCGAAUGGUACUACACCGUCUGCAUGAGCUACGCCUUCCGGCCUGGCCAAGGGUUGCCAGGUAGAAGCUUCGCGAGCAACGAGCAUGUUUGGCUCUGCAAUGCUCAGUGCGCGGACACCAAGACCUUCCAACGCGCGCUCUUAGCAAAGACGGCGUCUAUCCAGACAGUCGCCUGCAUUCCAUUGAUGGGUGGUGUGCUUGAGCUCGGGACAACAAAUACUGUUUUGGAGGACAGGGACAUGGUGAACCGGAUCAACACAUCUUUCUGGGACCUAAAGUUCCCAACAUCGGAGGAGCCAAACUCCAGCCCAUCAGCAGAUGAUACUGGGGAUGCCGACAUCGUGUUCGAAGACCUCAACCAUGAAAGCAUAGCCGCCAUAAUACCCGGGGAACUCGAGCUAGGGGAGGUCGAGUGCCUAUCCGACGGCAACCUCGAGCGGAUCAUGAAGGAGAUCAAUGGGUUCUACGGCCUCUGCGACGAGCUGGACGUGGGGGCUCUCGAGGAAAAUUGGAUCAUGGGCGGGUCUUUGGAGGUCAUGUCUGCGUCGGAAGUGUCGAUGGCGCCUGCCGCCACCGACGGGAUCACUGAUGGUGCUGUCACUUUUAGCUCCGUUGAACCCUCUCGCUCAUCAUGCUUUACGGCUUGGAAGAGAUCGUUGGACUCAACAGAAGACGUGGAUACGUCCGUCGCCGGGGAGUCGCAGAAGUUGCUGAAGAAAGUUUUGGCCGGUGGCGCAUGGGCAAAUAAUGGUGGUGACGGCACCGCGAGAGCUCAGGAAAGUACCAACACAAAAAACCAUGUCAUUUCGGAGAGGAGACGCCGGGAGAAGCUCAAUGAGAUGUUUCUGAUUCUCAAGUCGUUGGUUCCGUCCAUUCACAAGGUGGACAAGGCAUCCAUCCUAGCUGAAACGAUAGCCUACCUCAGAGAGCUGGAGCAGAAGGUGGAGGAGCUAGAAUCCAACAGGGCGGCCGCAACAGCCGUCCGAAAACUCCAUGACGUCAGCGGGAAGAAGGUGUUAGCUGGUUCCAAGAGAAAGGCGUCGGAGCUCGGCGGGGAUGACGCGGACAGGGUGCUCUCCAAGGAGGACGUCCCGAGCAACGUCGUCAACGUCACCGUGACGGAAAAAGAGGUGCUCCUGGAGGUGCAAUGCCGGUGGAAGGAGCUGCUCAUGACACAAGUGUUCGACGCCAUCAAGAGCCUCCGCCUGGGCGUGCUCUCCGUGCGCGCGUCCACGCCCGACGGCCUCCUCGCUCUUAAGAUACGAGCUCAGUUUGCCGGCCCUGCCGCCGUGGAGCCCGGGAUGAUCAGCGAAGCGCUCCAGAGAGCCAUACGCAGGCGCUGAAAGGAAACGCUGCUGAAAGCGUGACACUGGCGCUGUAGAUUCGUAAAUCUGGUGGCUAUGUUCUUCAGACAUGACAAUUAUUUAUUUCGUCCCGUUGUGCAGUGAUGCGGACGUGCCGAAAAGAUUUCCGAUUAUUGUGUCCACUUGACGUCGUGUGAACCCCAGAGCUGGACGGUGCACGAUGCGCGUCACGAGCGCACGCGCGCGCGCGCGGUGCAACCACCAGUCUCGCCCAUGCCGGCCGUUCAACCGUGUAUGGCGCGGGCUGCGCCUCGCGUGGCGUCGCAUCCGCAUUGGUGGCAAGUCUCGAGACGCGACGGGGCGCGACCGCGAGCGCCCGGUCGGCCCCGCUUGCUCGCUCGGCUGCGCGACAGCGCGCGUGCGCCAGCGACGCCGACCGGGCCGGCUCGUGUGCUCGCACACGUCGCAGGCUCCUGGCCAUACAGAGCGCACCCCUGCGCGUCAGGUAACCCUUUUUGUCCGUACCGUUCCGCCCGGAUGCGGACGUGGCGUGGCGUGGGAGUCGACCUGGCUGGACGAGCCGGGCCCCGGUGGGGCGCGGUUGUCGCACCGCACGAGCAUGGAGCCCCACGCGCGGCGCCCCACUCGCUCGGGCACGGCGUCCCCUGGCGCGCCCAACACCUGCUCGUCACCGCGGCUGG